AUGCACCAUGAUUGUUCACCAGCAGUUGUACAUCGGGACAUAUCAAGCAAUAACAUUUUGCUUGAUCCAGAUUACGAGCCUCACGUUUCAGAUUUUGGCACUUCCAAGUUUCUGAAAAAAGACUCGUCUAAUUGGAGUUCUUUGGCAGGCACCUAUGGAUACAUUGCACCAGAAUUUGCCUAUACAAUGAAAGUUAACGAAAAGUGUGAUGUUUAUAGUUUUGGGGUCCUGACAAUGGAAAUAAUCAAAGGAAAGCAUCCUGGAGACUUGACUGCUAAUCUGAUGUCUUCAAAUCAUGAAGAUGUAGAACUGAAAGACUUGGUCGACCGAAGACUUCGAUAUCCCAAUCAAGAAACUCAAAAGAUCCUGAUAUCCAUUUUCAAACUUGCAAGAGAAUGUCUACACGCUGAUCCUCAAUGUAGGCCAACAAUGCUCUUUAUUUCCAGGUUGAUAUCAACUCAGUGA